UUCCUACGACCAGCGCUGCCAUCAAUCUGCCGGCGACGCGCACCGUGGCAUCCCCCAACCAAGCGCUGCAAAAAUCACUCUAAUUCUCUUCUUCUACCUCCAUCGCAACCCUCUCAAUCGAUCUCUCUGCAUUUUCCACAAAUAUUUGGGGCUAUUUCAGAAUUUGGGGUUGUGUUUGAUAAUUGAUAUUGAAAUGAAGCUCCACUAGUGCUUAAAUUCUAGCUAUAUUCUUGUUCUAGCUUUUGGGGAUUUUUUGGAUGGAAAAGAAAAGAGUGGAUGAACAAGAGCCCCCACCUGCCUCACUGCCUAAAGUUGAUAGAUUUGGAUUUCUAAAGCAGGAAACUAACUCACCUGAUGGAUUAGCAAAGAGCAGAUCAGCUGCAGAGUCUGAGAGGGAGGAAAAAAGAAUUAAGAAAUGGAGAAAGAUGAUAGGGGUUGGAGGAAGUGAUUGGAAGCAUUAUGUUCGAAGGAAACCCCAUGUUGUCAAAAGGAGAAUAAGGAAAGGAAUUCCUGACUGUCUAAGAGGACUUGUUUGGCAACUGAUAUCUGGAAGUCGUGACCUCUUGCUCAUGAAUCCAGGUGUUUAUGAGCAACUAGUCAUAUAUGAGACGUCUGCUUCUGAACUAGAUAUUAUCCGAGAUAUUUCUCGUACAUUUCCUUCACAUGUUUUCUUCCAGCAGAGGCAUGGUCCAGGUCAAAGAUCUCUUUAUAAUGUUUUAAAAGCUUACUCUGUAUAUGACAGAGAUGUUGGAUAUGUACAGGGCAUGGGAUUUGUCGCAGGUCUCUUGCUUCUUUAUAUGAGUGAAGAAGAUGCAUUUUGGUUACUGGUAGCACUUCUAAAAGGAGCCGUGCAUGCUCCUAUGGAAGGAAUGUAUUUGGUUGGUUUGCCGCUUGUGCAGCAAUAUCUUUUCCAGCUAGAUCAGUUAGUCAGAAAGCACUUACCGAAGUUGGGAGAGCAUUUUACUCAAGAAAUGAUAAACCCUAGCAUGUAUGCUAGCCAAUGGUUCAUAACCGUUUUUUCCUACUCAUUCCCAUUCCACUUGGCUCUUAGGAUUUGGGAUGUCUUUCUUUUCAAGGGCGUCAAGAUUGUCUUCAAAGUUGGUUUAGCACUACUAAAAUUCUGCCAUGAUGAUCUGGUGAAGUUGCCUUUCGAAAAACUUAUCCAUGCACUACGGAAUUUUCCGGAAGAUGCUAUGAAUCCAGAUAUUUUAUUACCAAUGGCUUACUCUAUAGAGGUGUCCAAGCGAUUGGAGGAAUUGAAGGAGGAAUAUGAGAAACAGCACGGGAAACUGUCCGAGCGUGUUAAACAGAGGCUGCAGCAGACAUCUUGAAUGACGACGAUGCAUCCUAAUGGCAACAAGCAUUGUUGCUGGGCGAAGUAUUUGUCUUGCAUGCACGAGGUUUUAGAUUGAUUGAUCAGUUUUUUAAAAUUGUACAAAAGCCUGAAUCUGAUGCUUGUAUUUUACAUUGCUGGGUGUGCUUGUCAAUUGAAAUUUGGCAAUUUGAGAGGGAUUAUCUAUUUA